AGGAGAUCAGUAGGUAUCGUGAGAAGCACAGAAUAGGUUCAACUUCCCUCCCAAGCCUCAAGAGUGAUCAGACAUUCGCCAACAUCCAAACUCAGGGUUCGAACUCUGGAAAUACACCAAGAGCUCUCAAGGCAGCUCGAAUUCCAACUUAGCGUCGACGGGCUUCUAAAAGCAUUGGUCUUGGGGCCCCUGGCGUAAAUAGACAAGAAUAUAAUAACAGCAACAACAACAAUAAGAGUGCUUUUGAGGAAAAGUUGGGAUAUUGAGAACAAGAAAGAUUGAAAUUGUAACUACAGAGAGCUACAAAAUAUUCGCUGUCAACCGCUGCCGGUGCCAUUACCGAAAGCAUGAAGGCACGAAUUUUGGUAAUUAGAAUAUUGGCAGUUCUUCUGCAGUUUAAGGCCCUCAAUGCUGACGAUUCGACGCAAUAUGCAAGAUGGCAGUGUUAUAAAAACUUCACCUCGAGCACUGGAUCUGUUUCGGAGCAAGAAUUUUCUGGACUAAGUUGCCCGGAACAUGAAAUUCGCAUCCAGGCUGGUGUACCCAUUGUGCUCACAUGCCAAGAUCUAGUCCUAGAGGUGGGAUCCCAACAGUAUUGCCUGUCCAUAGGUGGGAUAAAGACAGGCAAAAAGGACCGUGGUUUCGGGAAACAUCGAAUGCACUACUUGGAUGGUCAUGGUCAUGACUCGAAUAAUGGGCGAAAGAGAAAAUAUGACAGGAAACCACAUAUGAAAAGUUCGGUUAACAGUAAUGCAGAGGAUGGCGAUGCUCCCGCUAAGAGAAGUAAAAGGGGAAGCGCAGGACGAAGUAACGACUCCAGCAGCGACCCAGCAAAAGCAAUUGAAAGGCUGAAGAAAAAAUUAGACAAAAUGGAGGCUAAAUUAGAACAGACGAACGCCCUGGGAAAAGAACUAAUGGCUCAGAGGCUGACUAUGGAGAUAGAGAGGACCAAGGGAAAACUGGAAGAUCUGGAGAGCAAUUACAAUCAAAGUAUGGCCAAACCGAAGUCGUCCAGUAGUGUGGAAGAUACAAAAAAUAAGAAAAAGCUGGAGAAAUUGAAUUUGAAGUUGCAAAAACAGGAAGCAGGAAUUUUAAAAAUAGAAAAGAAAAUUACAAACCUGCAAGAUAACCCAAAAAAAGCAAAGCAGGUGGCUAAAUUAGAAAAAAAAGUAAAUAAGCUCAAAUCUAAGUCUGAGAAACUGCAGAACCAAAUCAAAGAAUUGCAAUCACUUUUGGGGACGACGUUGGAUCACACAGAUGAUACAAAUGGCAGUGGUUACACUGAUGAUGGCAGUGAUGAUAAUCAGUAUGUCACUAAUGAUCCUGAUCAUGCAGAUGAUGUCACUGGUGAUAACUCCCCAGAUGGAGACAGUGACAACGAUGAUACGAAUGAUCCUGAUCACUCAGAUGAUGUUAAUGGCGAUGAUUCCCCAGAUGGAGACAGUGACAACGAUGAUACGAAUGAUCCUGAUCACUCAGAUGAUGUUAAUGGCGAUGAUUCGCCAGAUGGUGAUGGCGAUGACGACGACUGGCCAAAAUUAGGGAACUGGACAGGACCCGUGAACGAAGGGAUUGCUAAACCUAAAGGGGAACGGUGGGGUGGAGGGGAAAGGGCGAAGGGAAGGACAACCGAAAGAAGCAGUCUUUCUGUGGGCCUCAAGGCCAACCUAUUACCGUCAACUCUCAAACUGGAGAAAUUGGUUUUUCAGUGCGCCCAAAGGGUCCACAGAAAGGAAGUGGGAGGAAGCCUUCUAAGCCUGCAGCGGUGGUGAUGAUUCCUUCUGAGGUUAAAUACACUUGUUCAUGGAUUCCUGCUUCCCCUUAAUGUAACAAGAGGACAAAGGUUCCCAAUGUUGGUCCUCCUGUAGUUAAUUAUCCUUGUUCCUGGAGUUCUUUAUUACCUUGAAAUAACAAAUGGAAAAUUCCAAAUGCAGGUUCUCAUAAAUUUUAAGCAAUAAAAGGUAAAAAAAAAGAUAUCUUAAUGCCUCCUUCAGAAGGGUAAAAACUCUCUAAGAUUGAAUUUCCUGGGCAUCUAUUAAUCAAGAAGAUUUUUUGUGCAUCCUUUGGUUUAAAUAAGAUAUUUUCUUUGUGAGACACUUAGCAAUCUGCAUAUGAAAGGUACAAUAAAAAGUUUAAACCGUA